CUUUCAUUCGGAACAGAUACUCUAGACAAUAUACCGAAUUGCCACAAUGCCCAUGGACGCCUCUAAAUGGAUCGAUGUCACAACCGAUAAGAAUCAUUAUUCUUUAGAUCACUUCCUUAUUCCUACUCAUUACGAAAAAGAUGUCUCCUCUAUUCUCAUUCCUCACGGUGUCAUUAUGGAUCGUGUCAAUAAAUUAGCACGUCUUAUUGUCGACGAGGCCACAGGACCUUUAGUUGUUUGUUGUAUUUUAAAAGGAGGACACCAGUACUUUGCUGAUUUGGUCAAUGCUGUUAAAAAGUUGACAAAUAAAGAGGGAAAGACAGUUCCUUUAAGUUUGGAGUUUAUUCGUGUCAAGUCUUAUAAGAAUGAUAAGUCAGAAGGUGUUACUUUAUCUAUUUCUGAUGAUGAGUGUAAAGAGUUUCAAGGAAAGAAUCUCUUGAUUGUGGAAGAUAUUAUUGAUACUGGAGCUACUAUGGUUCGAUUGCUAAAGAAAUUGGAAGAGUUUUCACCCAAAUCUAUCAAAGUGACCAGUUUGUUGAUCAAAAAGACACCAAAAAGCAAUGGUUAUAUUCCUGAUUAUGUUGGAUUCUCUAUUCCAGACGAAUUUGUUGUUGGCUAUGCGUUAGAUUAUAAUGAAUAUUUCCGUGAUUUAGAUCAUAUUUGUGUCAUUAGUGAUCAUGGAAAGAAAGCUUAUGCUGUCUAAAAAAGAAUUUCGAAUUACCUUGUAUCAUAGUGUUGCUUAUUUUAUAACAUAUAGUAAAAUAUAUGUGUAUCUGUUUAUUGUUUUUCUUGUCGUAUGUAUUAUUGUAAUACUUUCUUUGAUAGAGAGUAACAAGGGGUCAUCAUUUUCAAAUAUAAUAAAAACAAUACUGGGUUUUUUUUUUGUGCAAGAA